AUGGAAGGUACGGAAAUAGCCAUUAAUUGUACAGAGAAAGAUGGCUCGAAAGCCUGUUAUACUUGUAUGGGUAGGGAUAUGGAGAAUUGUGAAACAGGCACCGUUUGUUGCAGUGGAUCAUGCUUUAAAUUAAUAGAUAUACAACAUAAUCUUAUAAUGAAAGGCUGCACGAAUGAGGAUCAAGAAGAUGGAAGUAUGAAAAAGCGAACUCUCGAUGUAAAAUUGUACUGGGUAAAUGACGAAAAAGUCACAGGUUGA